UCAAAUAUGACCAAUAGAAAUAUUUUGAUUUGUUUUAUACUGUCACUUCUGUGCUAUCUACAAUUUGGCUUCGCUUAUGCGGUCACUAAGAGGGCAACGGCGACAGCGGCGCGCCCUAACGACGCCUCCGACCACACCGUUGAUUUGAAGCAUUUCGUGUUGGCACGCAUAUUGGCCGAAGCGGAUGCAGCAUCAAAUUUUGUGAUUGCGCCACAGGAACUGCUAGCAUUGUACCUGCAACUGCAUGGCACGGACAAAGAAAUCGCCGAUGCCACCGCCGCUGCUGCUGCUAUUCCAGCUGUCGUGCCAACUGUCGCCUCCCAUACUGAUCAAAUUGAAAACGGUGAUUUGUACAAUCAAAGAGCCUACGAUGCAGUAAGCAAUGAUGCCGACACCGACAUAACCGGCGACAGCGGCAUGAAGGAGUAUGCAGAGUUUUUCAACAUUGCCGGCAACCCCAUAACGGUGUCCAAUACGCUGUACGCCGACGCAUAUAACGCAAAACGGUUUACAAGGAAAUUGAAAAAUCUGCAAUUUGUGCUGAACGAGGAGAGCGAUGAGGAUGAUGACAAAAAUACCAGCCGCAACAGUGCUAGUGGCAAGUGCAGAAACAUCGAUAUUAAUGCCGCUGCAGUGAUACGAACCGGCAACAACAACAACAUCAACAACGCUGCCGAUCACCACAAUUACAACAACAAAACGAAUAGCAAUUGCAACGAACUAAUCAAUGCGGUGCGUAUAAAUUCUCGCUGGGCGCACAAUUUCCAAAAGCGUGAUACCCACAAACGUCAAUUCUACAUGCCACAGCUGCACACACACGCUUACCUGAAUGCCAUGCGCAAAGAUGAUAUCUUUCUUUACGGUGAGUUGACGCAGUUGAACGCCAGCGCCUUGGAAUUGUCGCUACAGCGGCAGCAAUUGAAAAUGCUCAUCAUACUACCGCAUGCAAGGAGCGGUUUGCCGCGUCUACUGCAGCGCCUGAGUGCCAAUGUGACGCUACUCGACGAGCUAUGCGGCAUGUCACGCGACGCGGAACAACCGACAGGUGCAGCUGAUGCAACUGGCUACCAGCGUCAACAUUUUGAGCCGACUUUGGUGCGUGUUCUUUUGCCGAAAUUUCAAUUUUCGCAACGCACAGCCUUAGAUGGCAUUUUUCAGCAGUUGCUAAAUGUCACAGCGAAUGUGGAUCUACACUGGCCUAGCGCUUGGCAAGUUACACAGGUGGUACAUUUUGCAGUGAGCGAGGACGGUAUUGGUGAACUGGAGCCAUCGAUGGUGCUGUUUUGGAACGCCUUUUCGUCGUUGCGCACUAAGCCGCUGAUGUUCUGUGUCGAUCAUCCGUUCAUGUUCAUCGUUCACAAUCGAGAGGGCAUACAGUUGUUGGGACAUUUGGCGCAGCUACAUGAAUGAGUAAUUGCAGCUGCAUGAAUUGUUGGUGUUGCAAAGCGACGUUGAGCUUUCGAUUUAUGAAGAUUUUUUUUUUUUGUUAAAGUGUAAAUCUCCUGCGAAACUAGCGCUCUUAGAAUUUAAAAUUUCA